ACCACACAUGUAAGCGCCUCAUAUCUCACCGCCCUCAUCAUGUCCACAAACGGCGAAAGUCCAGCACCAGAAGCUGCUGCUGAUUCCAGAGAUCCCAGUGGCUUCCUCAGCGAGAUCAUCGGAGCUCCCGUGACUGUCAAGCUGAACUCUGGUAUCAUCUACAAAGGCGACCUCCAAUCUGUCGAUGGCUACAUGAAUAUCGCCCUGGAGCGAUGCAAAGAAGUUGCUGAUGGUCGUGUGACGCGGAACUGGGGAGAUGCCUUCGUUCGUGGAAACAAUGUCACAUACAUCUGCGCAGACAACGCAUGAAGGAGCAUGUAGCGUGGAAACUGGAUUGCGCUACAGGUGACUAUCAUCGUGCGCACACACGCCACACAAAAGCUGCCCUGAAGUUAAGCUUGUUUACAUGACGAACAUGGGGAAUCACUUAUAUCCCCGAGGGCCUCCAAAGUCACAAAUGAGCACCCAGUUUCAAUAUUUCCUCACUCACUUACAACUGACUUCACCGUGUCGUCACAAUGCCUUGGUAUUACAAUGCUCGACCUUGGGCUUCUUCACUUGCAAACAAUGUUUGGCUUGCACUCUGCUGUUAGAAUUUCAAGAUUUCUGAGCCCAUUAAAAUAAGACCUUUCUUCUAG